GAAGCAUUUGGCAUUUUGGAGAGAGCAACUAAGGCAAGAAUGGCGUGCGUCGCAACUUGGGUAGACAGAGGGAGCACGGAGAGCCAUCGCUACUUCCUCAGUCGCCGAACCGUGCUGGAGAUGCUUCACGACAGAGGCUACGACGUCCUUCACCAUGCCAGCCUCACUCCCUCCCUCAACGACUUCCGUUCCCGCUUCGGCCAACAACCCAAUCACCAAGCCCUCGGUUUCUGCGUUUCGCAUCUCUCUCAUCCCUCCAACAUGGUGCAGGUGGUGUUCACGGGAUCCGAUCACAUAAGAAAAGGAACCGUGAGUGAAAUAUUUAACCUGAUUGUGGAUAGAGAAAAUUUGAAAGCGCUCAUACUUAUUGUGCAGAGUAAGAUGACUUCCUUCGCGCGCAAAGAUUUGGAGACCUGCCCAUUUAAAGUUGAGAUAUUUAGAAUAACUGAUUUGCUGGUCAAUAUUACAAAGCAUGUGCUGCAGCCAAAGCAUGAGGUACUGACUGAUGAUGAAAAGAAAGCACUGCUCACCAAGUAUAGUUUGGAAGAUAAACAGCUGCCUUUGAUUUUAAAAACUGAUGCCAUAGCUCGCUACUACGGGUACGAGAAAGGUCAGGUUAUUAAGAUCACUCACAGUGGACCGUUGAUUGAAUCUUAUGUAUCAUACCGCUGUGUCGUGUAA